GUCAAUUGCAAUUCGGCAAAUAUACAAAUGGCUUUUACAUAACCUACAAGUUGUAAAACAUAUUUUGAUUGCUCCGAAUAUAUAUACAAAUUUUUUUAUGAGAGGUGUAAACAUUCAAAUCUAGUAAAAUGGAUAGAAGUAAUACUUUUACGUAUUCACACUACAAUAAAGAUGAUAAUUUCUACAAUAACCCAGAUUUAAUUAGAAGACUACCAAUUAACGACGAUUUUCUUCCCAAACAAGAGCCAUUUCCAGAUUAUAAUAACUACAUUCAUGCAGAGGAUAUUAAAGUUAAAAGAUACAUCGGUUCCGGUGUUACUUUCAUUAGCCUUUUAGCUGAAAAUUUACUCAGUCAUCCCUUUGUCGUCCUUAGAAGACAAUGUCAAGUUCACCAAAACGCACAUAAAUAUCAUUUACAACCAUUUACCCUUUUACCUGCAGUUUGGAGAUUGUAUCAGCAUCAAGGUAUUACUACUUUGUGGAAAGGUGUAGGUUCAGUGUUGUUAGUGAAAGGAAUUUCUCUUGGAGUAGAAGAUGUCGUUUCAAAGGUAACACCAUGGCCAAAAGAAAUAUCCUCAAAUAGUAGUCUUAAGCACUUUUUACAGCAUACUAUGUUAAAAUGUGUCAGUUUAGCUACAGUAACCCCAUUUUAUUCAGCUUCAUUUGUAGAAACUGUCCAAAGUGAAAUAGCUAGUGAAAAACCAGGCAUUUUAGAUGUUUUUAGAGAAGGUUUAAUGAGAUUGUUACACUGGGGCUCACCAACUAAUGGGAGAAUGUUACCCAUAUGGGCUCUCAUUAUACCUACAAUUACCCUAGGUCUAGCUAAAUAUAUGUUCUCUAUGAUGGUUAAAGGAAUAACAGUUAAGAUCUUAGUUGCAAGAUCUAAGGCUAAAUAUGAAGAAAGUGGGGCACUACCUAAAGACCCAUACAAUUCUGAAAUACAAGACAUACAACUAACGGCUUCUUUAGUUGCUACUAUUAGCACCGAUAUUCUUUUUUAUCCAUUCGAAACAGUUAUUCAUAGAAUCCAUCUACAAGGUACCCGUACUAUCAUUGACAAUUUAGAUACAGGGCGUUCAGUAUUACCAAUAUUAACAAACUAUUCAGGUGCAUUAGAUUGUUAUGAAAGUUGUUUGUUAAAUGAAGGAGUUUGUGGUUUGUACAAAGGAUUUGGAGCUCUUGUACUUCAAUAUAGUGCACAUAUCGCUCUCCUUAAAAUGUCCCAUUGGAUAUUAACACAUGUAGGAAAUCUGGUAUCACCAAAUCCAAAAAAGAAACCAGAUGUACCAGUUAAGGUAUCCCCGCCUGCUAUAUCUAAUUUGACUACUUCACGAAGAUCUUACUUGCUUCCUUGAAGGCAAAAUUUCUAUAGAAGCAGUUGGUAAUUUAAGCACUUUGAGAGAUUUUUUCUUUUGUAUGCAAUGGAGUGUCUCAAUAAGUAUUCCUAAGUUUUUGUUGUAUAGUACCUUAGAUUUAAAUACUCAGUAGGUACACACCGGUAUUAGGAAUUUGAUUAACAUAUUUUCUAGUAAAAAAGAAUCAAAUCAUAUAACCGGUUUAUUGGUGAUUUCUUCUAAUCAAUCCACUGAACUAUGUCACAUGGGAAAUGAAUAUUUCAAAUUUGAUAUUGAAAAUAAUUGAUGUAAAUAUUUGAAAAACAUGUUAGGGGUUUUCUAGUGCCAGAUUAAGUGGAAAUUUUUACCCAGAAUAUCUUAAUAUGCAUUCGAGCCCUACCGAAACUUCCUAUAUACAUUGGUCUAACCAGUUCGAAUAGCAAAGCUUAUUUUUGAGUAAAAUUUUGCUAAGAGCCAUUUUGUUUCCAUGAGACCUUUAAGGGAAGACAAGAUGUUCGUUUUUAUUGCCAUAUGAUGAUAUUUUUUAAUAUAUCAGAUAUUCAAAUAAAAUUUACAUUUGACAGCUUCUGUACCCCAAAUAACAAAUUGGAGAAAGGUGGCACAAAUUCUGGGUUUCAAAGCGUUAUAUUAAAAUUUAAAAGGCGAUGUGUAUCUAGCGAGACUAAUCUAUGGUAGGACAAGUUUUGAAUAACAAACUACAUAGUAUGAGUCUUUAUAGAAAUAUGUAACAUUUAUUAUUUCUAAGGUUUACAAGCACUUUACUUGGAAGCUGUCUUUCAGAACUUGAAUAGAGCAUACUGCAAGUUCUUCGAUUUAGUUUUAAUUUUAUUUCACAAUUUUGUUGAUUCAUUUAUAAAAAUUUCUCUUAUAAACUAUUAAUAUAGUUGCAUGUGACAGUUUAUUUUUGUUUUCACAACUUUUUCGUGUUGUCUUAUUGUCAGAAUUGUUAAAAAUUUAGGGAAUUUUGUAAUUGUAAGGCUAUUUCAUUUUGUUUCAUGGUACGAGGACUAAUUAAUACAAAUAAUGAGAAAUAUUGAUGAUACAUAACGGAAUUUGUCAAGUUUCAUGACAAAUUACUUCUGAAUUCUACCUAAAAAGAUGAUUUAUCAGCUUUAAAAAAACGUUUGAAAGAGUUAUUUUCAAUAUGAGUACCAAAAACUCGUUUUUAUGUUUCUCAAUUCCAAAUAUUUAAAUUUCUCUUUCUUUACACUUUCGUCUUGAUUAUCACUUGGUUUAAGAUUCUAAUUGAAAAGUAAAUGCGAAAAUUCGUAAUGUUAUUCAAUGUUUGCUUAUUUACCACAAUUCAAUCCACUUUCUUUAAAAUAAUAUAUUUUUACACUAAGACCUAUAUUUAUUACUAAUUUAUUGCAUGUAGCAAUGUAAUUGACGUAUUUGUUGAAAAAAAUGUAACCUAAAAGGUUAGACCCAAGUUUUCAUUUGAUUAUCAAAAAAGUUCAAAAUUCAUUGUAAUUUUGUGAUUUCAUUCAACUUUCUAGUCGGACAUACUGUAUAUAAUGUUAGAUUAUAGGCUAUAGAUAUAUUGUUUAUAAUUGUAUUGUUACAAAAUAUAUAAUUAAUAAAAUAUUUACAUUGAGUUUUA